AUGUCGGACGACGAUCACUCAGGUGGGGUCGUGUACGAGACGAGGGCCUCAAUGGAGGCACCGUUGCGUGCAUGUGACGAGUGCCGCAAGAAGAAGAUCAAGUGCAUCGGUAAGGAAAAUCCACCUUGCGAGCGUUGUAAGCGGAAGAACACCAAGUGUCGCUUCAUCAUGGGGGCGAUGCCGCGACAAGUGCUCGAGGAGGCCGAGGCGAACAACAGCCGCCUCGAGAAACUGGAGGACAAAGUGACGGGCAUCUAUGAUAAACUCGCCCAGCUGUCAGACGUGGUGUCGCGCCUCGCACCACCGACACCAGCGAGCGCGACGGGCGUCUCUUCCAUGGGACAGGAUAACCGGCUUCACUUGCGCACCCACUCGUUUGAGAAUCAUUCCAUGACUCCAUGGUCCAGCUCGAGCGGGCCGUCGAGCGGGCCGCUGUCGAUGGGUCACAACCCGUUCGAGCAGGCCGGGACGCACCAGCCGUCGCCUCACAUUCAGCCUCCUCACAUGCCAGGCCCGUCGCACCGGCUGUCGCAUCAGCCGCCGCCUCCUCACCACCCGCCCCAUCCACACCAUGCGCCAACACACCUGCCACCGCAGGCGCAAAUGAGCCACGAGCGCGAGCAACUGCCGGCGCGCAGCCCUUCCUCCUCACCACUGAGCGGCGACGACAUGCUCGAGUCGGCGGCUCGAGGCGAGCCCUUCAACCACUUCACAAAGCAGGAGGAGGACGCGCACAUCCUGCGCGACGGCGGCCCCCUCCCGCCGCCUGCGCGUAAGCGUAAGCGGAAGCCCAACUCGGUCACAAGCGAGGGUGGUGAGUGGGAUCCGCCAAUCCGCGAACGCGGUGUCCUCCCCGCGCACGUGGACGAUCCCGUCACGGCCGGUCUCAUUCACGAGGACGAGGCGCGACUCCUGUUCGACCGAUUUUUCCAGUACUCGCAUCCGUUUGUACCGGUGUUCGAUCCGAAGGAGGACACGUUUGAACGCAUGCGCAAGUCGCCGCUGUGCAUGACUGUCAUUCUCAUGGUAGCGCUGCGACACCGCGAGGCGGCUGGUGAGCCAACCCACCUCUCCCGCCAGCUCAAGGACCAAGCGGAGCAUAUGGUGAAACUGACACUCUUCUCGCCUGUGGCGACGCUCGAGACCGUACAGGGCCUCACUGUCCUCGUUCAUUAUUCGGAACACGCAUGGCGGACGUGUUGUCAUGCGACAGCUCUGGCCGUCGACAUGCGUCUCUACCGCUGCCUCCCGUACCUCCACAAGAUUCGGACCGCUCGUGACCCCGACCGCCUACUUGAACGUCAGCGGCCUCUAGUCGUGGGGGCGCGUGUAUGGCUGGCCCUCAUGCGCCUAUCGUACGAGAUGUCGUUCAACCACUCUCUGCCAAUCCAGUUCAACACUCCCCAGGGAAAGCGCACGCAGUACGCGCGCGAGCUGCUCGAACACCCGUUGUCUAAUCUUAAUGAUUCAAGGUUGGUGAUCGCGUGCGAGAUGUGCGAGUUGCGCGAGAUCCCAUUCCGACCUCAUGAGAGUCUGGCAAGCCAGAAUCGGGAAGAGGUUGAUCGGCUCGUGCGGACGGCCAACUACGGGAUUCACCAGUUGUAUGAUUACUGGCUGGAGUAUUAUUGCCAGAUUGCCCUCCCACAGGACCACUUCCUCCGCAUCGAGCUCGACAACCAGAAGGCCUACUGCAUCAUGUACACAAACUCGCCGGCCUGGCACGGCGUGCACAAGAAGGGCGACAUUGCGGACCUCAGCGACGAGCGGCGAGCAUGGGUGACGGAGGCGAUGCGUUGCGGUGCCUUCCUGGUAUCAUGUCUCGCCAACAAGCGGUUGGAGGAGGAAUCCGAGUUUGGCAAUCAUGGGUACUACGUCGGCAUCGUAGCAACCGCUCGCUACCUAAUCCGGAUGUGUGAGCUCCUCCCAACCGCAUGCGACCUUACGGACGUCAGUCUCAACAUCGACACGCUACUCCUCAAGUUGCCAGUCUUCGCCGCCGGACCAUUUGCAGACGGGCUCCGACGCACGCUCCGGAAAGCGCGGGAACAUGGUAUUCUUCCGCACACGAAGAUCUCUGAUGCGGCGGUCCAGCCUGCUCCCGAGACGGCGGCAUCGCGCCGCGCGACAAUGGACGCAGCGAUGCCGUAUCCCGGCUUCAAACCCUUCGCGUUGGACCAACUGAUCGAGGAUUUGCUAGCAGCGCCGCCGUCGCAGCCCGGUCCGGGUUCUGCCACAGGCCCGUCCCCGGUCGAUACGAAUCCGGUGAAGAUUGACCUGGGGGAGUGGGCGGAAUUCUUUAAAAAUGGUGAAUUGUUUCUCACUGGCGACGAGAAGGGUGUGGAUAACUCGGCGCUGGGUGGUGAUAUGCCGAGUUGGUUCACAGAUGCACCGCAGGAGUGGUCGGCGCAUGGCGGGGCGUAG